UGCAGUACAGUCCAUUUAACAAGAUUUCAUAUGGGACAUGCUCACAUCUCCGUGUUUUCACCCAGUGCGUUUUAUUGGAAAGGGUCAGGGACUUUUUCGAAUGCAAAAAGUUGCAUUUUUGGUUCUAUAGACUUCAAUGGAAAUGCGACAGAAAAGCAUGUAGUGUGUUUUUGCUGCAUUUUUUUGCUGUGUUUUUGAUGCAUUUUGCUUUUUAAAUCUGCCUAACAACAAAAAAAAUUUGAAAAAAUUAGAAAACCGCAAAACCGCCUAAAAAAUUCAGGUGAAAAAAUGCAAUACACAGCGCAAAAUGCAAUGCAGAAAUGGAUCAAACGCAACCUGCAUAGGUGUGAACCUAGGGUGAGGCUCCAUGUACA